AUGAAAUUAAUAGUUAUUUUAUUAAUAAUUUUAAAUAUUAAAUUUAUUUCUAGUAAAUUUAUAAAUUUUAUUCCAUAUAAUAAUGCACAAUGUUCUGGUCAACCCGAUGGUUUAGGAUAUAGUAUUAUGGAUAGUAUUUGUUUUUCAAUUGAUAUGGUAUACUCCUAUCAAGUAGUUAGUAAAAAUAACGAUCAGUUAGUUCAAUGGACUCAAUUCCCAAGAGCACAAGGUUCAACUAAAUGCUACUAUCAAGGAUUACCAUUAAAUAAAGCAGUUACAGGAUCUUGUUAUCAAGGUAAUGGUCAAAGUGUUUUUGAUGUAUAUCGUUGGCCAGUACCAGCUACUUAUUAUAUGAUUUCAGUUACAUCCGAACCAUAUUACCCAACAACUGUAGAUGGUAUGCUCGUUCAACAAUUUAUGGGUAAUGGUGAAUGUUCAGAUGAUAAUAUCGAAAUUAUUCAAUAUUUCACUAAUAAUACCCAAACUGCCGAUCAACAAACUGGUAUCGAAAUGACUUGGUAUUGUGAUAAACAAAAUAACAAGCCAUAUGCUAGUCAGUGUUUUUCGGGUAAUUGUGUUGAUGUUCCAAAAUUAUUUAAUUGCGAACAUACUCAUCCAUUCUUUAACACUUCAAGUGAACUUUCUGGUGGUACAGGUGCUGGUGAUUAUAGCGGUACUGGUGCAUCAAGUACUACAGGUAGUGGCAGUGGAAGCGGAAGCGGAAGUGGAUCAGGUCUUAGCAUCAAUAUUAAUUUCGAAAAAGAGAAUGAAAUAAAACAACCAUUUUCAAAUAAAGAAGUAAAGGUUUCAAGUACUUCAGGAAAUUAUUAUGAUUUACAAUCAAAAGAUGGAAAUUUCAUUACAUCUUACUGUACUUAA